AUCGUGUUGCCACUUCCGCAAUUAACGUGUCCAAACACCACCAAUCCUUAUCCCUAUAUAUACCCCACCUCAUACGCAUUCAUUUAUUCAUUCACAUCCUUCACACAAAACAAAUAUCAUCAACCAAAAAAAAAAUCACAAAAACUCACCGAUCAUGACGAGAAGGUCACCGUCGGCGAUCCUAACGAUGGCCACACUCGCCUUCCUCGUGGUCCUCUUCGCCGCUGCGUAUUUCCCGACGCCGGCGAGCGGCGUCGGAGGUAUCGUCGGAGGGAGGACGAAGAUCCAGGACGUGAAGACGAAUCAGGAGGUUCAGGAGCUAGGGAAGUACUCGGUGAAGGAGUAUAACCGGAGCAAGCGGGGGAAGGCCAGCGGCGGUGGCGGAGAUCUGACGUUCAAGGAGGUGGUGGAGGCGGAGAAGCAGGUGGUUUCGGGGAUCAAGUACUAUCUGAAGGUCGCCGCCACCGAUCGGAAUGGGAUCAGCAAGACGUUCGACGCCGUGGUGGUGGUGAAAGCGUGGGAACAUUCCGAGCAGUUGCUGACCUUCAAUCCUUCGCCCAAAAACUGAAUAGAAUGGUGUGGUUUCAAGGUUAGGAUUACCGUUAACGGUGGGGGUGAUUUAGUUUGCCCAAAAACUGUUGUGUGUUUCAAGGUUAGGGUUAGCGUUAAUGGUGGUGGUGAUUUAGUUUAAUCUAAUAAUGUUGUUUCUUUUUUUAAUUUUAUGUGUCUGGGAUGGCUUAACCAAUGUGGUUUUAUGUGGAUUUGUAAUAUGGUAUGAAUAAAAUUAUGUAAUUGAUCAACAGUAAGGUAUGGAUAUUUGUGACUA